UAACGUUUAAGACGGUAGAGUGCAUUUGAAAAGCUCACACACCAACGACUGGCAGGGGAUAAAGUCAAAGUCGAGCCCUGGAGGAGGAAGGCGAUGCAAGACAGCAGCUCAGACCCAGACCAAGAGGCCGAGGCCCGGCGUCAGGCUCAGCUUGAGAAGCGCCAUCUAGAGACCUACAGGAACAUGCACCGUCUCAGAGACGCUGUCUAUCGCCGCUAUGCUGCUCUGCUCAGAGACAAGGUCCAGUCACAGAGAUUACUGCUGCAGCAGAGGGACGAGACAGCCAGGGCCAAGUCACACACCGAACCUAAGCAGAAACAAAAGAAGUUGGCUUUCUCCAAGCUGCAGCACAAUGACUCAUACCUGAAGUCCCUCCCCAAAACCAGUUAUCACCUGAUCUUUGACCUCCAGAGGCAGUUAGCUGAGCGUGGACAUAUGAAAACCCACCACGACUUGGAGGACUUUUAUAGGUGCAUCAAGUAUGAUGGUCAUCCAUCACAGCUACAGAGAAGUCUGCAGGACAUCAGGAAAAAGAUGCUGGAAAGCAGGUCCGCAGCUGACUUUCAGGACAAGACUUCAGAGAAACACCCCUGCACUGCUGAAGAGAGAGGACACGAGGAUGACGUUUGCCACUCCAGAUUAUUAGAGCGAAGGUCUGGUUCAGGGGAGAGUUCAGCAGAGCUGAUCUUCAGAGGCAGCCGGGAGAAGGACGCAAUAGAGGAAAUGUUUCCCAAGAUGAAAGUCCCCAAAUUUGCAACACUACAGCCGAACAUUAUGAGGAACUUCCAAAGCAAGAUGCCUGAUUUGAUUAUUCCUGAGAUUCCUGAGAAGAGCAGGAAAGCAGAGAUUUACUUGAAACGGCUGAGACAAAUGCAUGAUCUUUGCUUAAGCAACGUGGCGAUCUCCAAAAGACUGUUGGACAGAGAGUCAGACUUGCUGUGCUGGCAGGAGGAACGAGGCGUCCAAGAUUUGAUGCUUCCAGGCCUUAACUCCAAACCAGGGAAGACAAGACAGCCACCUCUCCGCUCUCUGAACCAAUCAGCAAGUGUCCACAAUGACCGACCUUCAUGUCCCCAACAGCUGAGCAGAACGAGCUCAGCCAGCCACCAGCGUUUUGAGACCACCGAGGUUUUGGACACAGCAGUGCGCUGCCGUAAAACACCUGAGCCCUUAUCCAUCGAAGAUGUGUGUCAACAAAAGCACAUACAGAUAAUUGACCGAGGGUUUAAACCGUGGAGAAAUUAUACAGAAAACACAGAUCACUGAGGAUGUCACCAACUCUUUACAGGGCAUAUGUGUAGUGUUUUGUCCAUGUCACAUUGGUUAACUUACUUUUAUACUGUCAUACAAGAGCAUUACAUAACAACAAUACAAUAAUGUAUUAUAGUUAAAUAGUCAUUUUCAAUGAUUUUCAUAUGUUAGUUGUUUCAUUCAUUUUAGUCAUAUAUAAAAUAAAGAAGUAUAUUAAAUGUGUAGAUUUUCUGAAAUAAAAGUGAUGUAAUAAGACUCAUGAUGAUUUAUAGCAGCAGCUUGUUUUAUUUAGUAACACUUAAAUAACUGUUUGUUUGAAAUAAAGUUAUUUAAUCA